CUUCCCCAAAUCCCUCUCUUUCCAAAAAUCCCCUCCUUCUCUCCAAAACCACCCACCAACAAUGUGCAAGAAAGAGUGCGGCCACGACUCCGACGACGGAGAGGACAACAAGUCCGCCGCAAUGAGGUACAUCAUAAUGGCCGCCGUGGCCCUCAUCAUCAUCGGCCUCACGGUCCUCAUCAUGUGGGCCGUCCUCCGGCCCAAAAAGCCCACAUUCCUCCUCCAGGACGCCACGCUCUACGCCUUCAACCUAACCAACUCCAACCUCUUCCUCACCACCACGCUCCAGGUCACGCUCUCGUCACGCAACCCGAACCGGCGGGUCGGGAUCGACUACACCCGCCUCGGGAUCUACGCAUCGUACCGCAACCAGCAGAUCACGCUGGCCACGGAGCUGCCCCAGGGAUACCUGGGGACGAAGGACGUGACCAUGUGGUCCCCGUUUCUGUACGGGGAGACCGUGCCGGUCUCCCCGAACCUGGUCCAGGCCGUGGGCCAGGAUCUGGCGGCCGGGGUGGUGAUAGUGAACGUGAAGGUGUACGGGAGGGUGAGGUGGAAAGUUGGGUCGUGGCUUUCGGGCAAGUACCACCUGGCGGUGAACUGUCCGGCGUAUCUCAGAUCUGCGGCCGGCGGUGGAGGCGGAGGAGGAUUGGUUGCUGUCGGCGGGGGAGCGGGGGUGAAGUAUCAGUUUGAUCAUGGUUGUAACGUUGAAGUGUCGGCUUGAUUGAUUUAUUAAUUAGUUCUUUUUUUUUCUCUCUCUUUUUUUUUUUUACUUUCUGUACGUAGUUGAUCUCAUAAAAUCUCGUUUAAUUCGCUUCUUACCGUCUCGUUUUUCAUUUUUUGGAUAAUAUAUUUUUAGCAAUUACAGUUGAAAUGUUGAUAAUUCUUAUAUAACAUUUUGUUAUCCCACAAAUAACUGUAUAAUUCAAUUAAUAAGGUACGAAUUGUUAU